GGCAUCCGAAGCCAUCCGCGAGGCGCGGACGGCGGCGAGGCGCAAGCUCCGGGGCGGUCAGGGAGACCGGCUCCUUGGCUGUGGGGAGCGGAGGCUGCGGGGCAGGAGUGAUGCUUGUGGGGUCCCGAGGAGUGGAUGGGAGGAGGAGAACUCGAUUUGCGGGGAGAGCGCAACCUUGCGGUGGCGGUGUUGGUUUCGGGGCACCAUUACCUGAUUUUACGGGGACUGGCGUCUAGUCGUGCAGAGUGCAGUCAUGGCCAAGUCCAAGAACCACACCACGCACAACCAGUCCCGGAAAUGGCACCGAAAUGGCAUCAAGAAACCCCGAUCACAAAGAUAUGAAUCUCUCAAGGGGGUAGACCCCAAGUUCCUAAGGAACAUGCGCUUUGCCAAGAAGCACAACAAGAAGGGGCUGAAGAAGAUGCAGGCCAACAACGCCAAGGCCAUGAGUGCACGUGCUGAAGCUAUCAAGGCCCUCGUAAAGCCCAAAGAGGUCAAGCCCAAGAUCCCGAAGGGCGGCAGCCGCAAGCUCAAUCGACUUGCCUACAUCGCUCACCCCAAGCUUGGAAAACGUGCUCGUGCCCGUAUUGCCAAGGGUCUCAGGCUCUGCCGGCCAAAGUCCAAGGCCAAGGCUCAAACCAAGGCCCAGGCUACGGCUGCGGCUGCGGCUGCAGCUCCUGCUCAGGCUCAGGCUCAGGCUCCAGCUCCCAAAGGUGCCCAGGCCCCCACAAAGGCUCCAGAGUAGAAGUCCGUCUGCCGACGUGAGGGUGAAAGGACUGGUGUGACCCUGGGCUGCUGUCCUCCUGUGCUAUUUGUACAAAUAAACCUGAGGCAGGAUCUGUCA